CUCAGAAUUUUAAACCUAAUUAACCUAUUUCUAAUUAACCCUAACUUAAUUAACCAAAAACUAAUUUUCCCCCCAAACUUAACCCAAUUCACACCAAAUCAACCCUACCCCCAAAUCAACCCAAUCCCAAUCUGAAGUAGCAGGGUUCUUCCCCUACCAUCGUCUACCAUCGAAUUCUCCGUCAUCGUUCGUGUUCUCGCCGGUUCUCUUGCUCAGGCUCGCCGCUCAUUGUGCUUCUUCAAAGAUGGUUUUUACACUGGUUGUGCGACAUGGUGGUUGGUUUGGAAGUAGUCCUUACUGGCAUUACUUCGGUGGUGCCAAAAGUGAGUUCCAUGAUCUUGAUGAGUCUAAAUGGUCCUACUCUAAAACUGUGGAAAUUGUCAAAGGUCUUGGCUACAAAGAGUUUGAUUUACUGUGGCUUCCUGAUGAGGAUGUUGACUGGCAUGUUUUCAGGAAUUACACAACAGAUAUGGAUGCCAAGGAAUUUGCUAAAUAUGCAGUUGGAAAUGACCAUGAAGGUGUUAUAUUUGUGGACAAUCUAUCCAAAGACCCUCCCACUCUACCUACUGCAUUAAAGGAAAAGAAGAAAGAUGCCAACAAGAAUGUUAAGGUACAAAAACUAAGGGUGAGAAAGUCAGGUAGGUUGCAAGCAAUGGUGAGACAAGGAACAAAUAAGGGACCUCCUGAAGUUGUAGAGUUAUCUGAUGAUGAGCAAUUUCCUAAUGAAGUUGCAAUGCUACAAAAUGAAACUAUUCUCCCUGAACCUGUUCUCCUUGAAGCUGUGAUUCCUGAACCCGUUAUCCCUAAUGUUGUGGACCCUGAAGUUGCAGUUCCUGAAGUAGUAGAUGGGGUAGAUGGUGAUAAAGCUGGUGAGGAUAACCAGGAAGAAGAAAAUGAUGAUUCUGAUGUUUCUGAAGUUGAUAGGGUCGAUGAUAGUGAAGAAGAAAGGGAUUUAGCAAAAGGGGAGGAAGUUACAAACCCAGGAUUUGCUCAGGCUGAGUCCCUAUUGAAUGAGCACAUUACUCAAAUGCUUCAACAAACUGCAGCAGAUAAUGAUGAUGGGGAAAAGAGAGAUGAGACAGAUUUAUGUGGAGGCUAUGAGAGUGAGGACCUUGAAAGUGUCCCCACUGAUAGUGAGCAGGAAGGGAUUCCUAGGAGAAGGUUUGAAAGAUUCAAUGAGGAUGACAUGGGCCCAGAUUUCAAAUUCACAUUGGGUAUGGAGUUUAUAUCACUUACACAGUUCAAGGAAGCCCUCACUGACUACUGUAUGAAAAAUAACAGGGAAUAUAAAUUCAAGAAGAAUGACAGUAAGAGAUGCAGGGUUGUAUGCUUGAGUGAUGGCUGUCCAUUUGUGAUCUUAUGUAGCAAAGUUGGAAACAAACAGACUUAUAGAAUCAAAACUCUUAAGGGAGAGCACACAUGUGCAAGGGUUUUUGAUAAUAAGUCUGCCAAUGUUAGAUGGGUGAAGAAAAAUUUGUUGAACAAAAUCAGGACUGUAAACAAAAUUAGCACCAAUGAGAUUGUUGAUGAUUUCAGGGUAAAUCUAGGAAUUGGAAUUACCAGAUACAGAGCUUGGAAAGGUAAGAAGUUGGCAACUGAGGAGGUUGAUGGAGCUGCUGAAAUGCAAUAUACUUUGCUUUGGAGAUUCAGCAAUGAGUUGAGAAGGAGGGAUGCAGGUAACACAUGCAAAAUCAACUUUGUGACACCAAGAGCUAGCUUGCAUCCUAGGUUCCUCAGAUUUUAUAUGUGCUUAGAAGGGUGUAAGAGAGGGUUUCUGGGGGGAUGUAGGCCAUUUAUUGGCUUGGAUGGAUGUCAUCUGAAAACAAAACAUGGAGGGAUCCUUUUGUCAGCUGUAGCUCGUGAUCCAAAUGAGGAAUACUUCCCCCUUGCCUUUGCUGUGGUUGAAUCAGAGAACAAGGACAGUUGGAGGUGGUUUAUGGAGCUGUUGAUGGAUGACAUUGACCCUACAAGGUCAAGUAGAUGA